AUGGGCCGCCUCAAGCUCUACGUAGCGGGCUCGGCCGUUAUGGCCAACAUCGUGCUCGCACGCGCAUACUAUGAGCGCCCUAAUUUCUACUCAGCCGCCGUCUAUAUCUCACAGAGCACUGGCUCUCUCAUGUUUCUGGUCAACUUGAUGCUCAUUGUAGCAGCAAGCUUCGGAUAUGGACUUCAACGUCUCUUCUACGGCCCGCUUCGCCCUAUCGAAACCGAACAGCUGUACGACAAGGCUUGGUUCGCUGUCAGCGAGACACUGCUGGCGAUGACCAUCUUCAGGGACGAUAUUGGCUUAUGGUUCUUCACCAUGUUCCUUUGUCUCCUCGCCGGCAAAGUAUGGCAGUGGAUUGGAGAGGGGAGGGUAGAGUUCCUCGAGCAGCAACCGCCAGCAAACCCACGGCUUUUCCAUGCCCGUCUGGCCAGCUCCCUGAUCCUUUCGGUCUUCUUCGAUGUCUUCAUGACACGGUACUGCGUUACCUCGAUUCUUUCCGCAGCUCGCCCAGGUGUUAUGGUCAUGUUCGGCUUCGAGUACGUUCUGCUCGCGAUCGCCUCGAUAUCGACUCUCAUGCGCUACGGUCUAUCACUCGUCGAGCUUGCCAUCACACAGCGUCAAGAGAAAGCGAGAGACGAAGCUCGUAGAAUUGCAAGGGAACAGGCUCGCCAGCAGGAAGCUGCCGAGGAGACAGAAGCUCCUGCUGAGGUCGAGGAGGACGAUGACGAAACAGAUGUCCCUGGCUGGGAAGAGAAGGGCCGCUGGGUAUUUUACCUGGAUCUUGCCACCGACUUUGUGAAGGCCUCAGUCUACCUGGGAUUCUUCACGGUCCUCAUGACUUUCUACGGUAUCCCAAUUCACAUCAUGCGGGAUCUUUUCAUGUCCGUUCGCUCGCUCAUCAAGCGAAUCAACGACUUCAUUCAGUACCGAAAUGCGACUCGCGAUAUGAACACUCGCUACCCGGACGCUACUGGAGACAACCUCAGCCGAGAGAACAUCUGCAUUGUCUGCCGUGAAGAGAUGCGACCCUGGACUUCACCUGGUGCUCAAGGGGCGCAGCCAGGGCGAAGGGUGGAUGAACGAAAAAGACCAAAGAAGCUGCCGUGUGGGCAUAUCUUGCAUUUCAGCUGUCUGAGAAGUUGGCUAGAACGGCAACAGGUGUGCCCAACUUGCCGACGACCUGUACUUGGAGAAGCCACACCUCAGCCUGCGCAAACCAACAACGCAGCAAACCCAGUAGCGCAGAACCAGCAGAACCAAGCAAAUGCGCCCUUUCAAGGCGGUCUGCGAGGUUUCUUGCCAGGCAAUGCGCAACAACCUCCAGCUAAUCAGGCUCAGCCUGGUGCACCUGCUCCUCAAGGCGCACAACAGAACAGACCCGCCGGCAACAUGCGUGUUUUCAACUUUGGGCCCUUUCGAAUUGCACUGGGGAAUCUUCGCCUACCUGCGGAACAAGCAGGCAAUGCCAACAAUGUGAGGAACGCCAUCGAUCAGCUCCGCCAGCAAGCUGUUGCAGGGCAAGCACCUCAAGUGCCUACUCAACUACAGCAGGGACAAGCCCAGACUCAGCCUUUGCUCUCCAACGCUGUGCCGAGUGUGUCUACAGAUCAGAUGGCGGCAGCUCUUGCACAACAUCCUGAUGACAUUCGCUAUGACAUACUGCGCAUUCAGCAACACAUCGUGCAGCAGCUUCGUCAACUGAAUGUACAAAACGAGCAGCUAGAGGUAACUUCUAGGCUCCUUGUUGAGCUGAACCGUCUGAACGCUUUGUCUGUGACUGGCCAACAACCAAACGCUGUUUCGUCGAUGGACCUGCAGAGCUUGAGCUCGUUCACACCGCAAGCAUACAUUGCUAGAGGUCAGGUUCUGAGGCAGGGCGAUGCCGGAGUUCCUGAGGGUUUGACGCUUCCAGAGGGGUGGACGUUGAGGCCCAUGACACUGGCAGCGCAGUCUGGUCAAGAGAGCGCACCGGCUCCAUCGUCGCUGCCUUCACAGUCGGCACCAGAAGCUGCGGCGCCAGAAGUCCAGUCAGCACCUACGGUACCAGAAGCUCAGCCAUCAAUACCUCAACCACAAACAGGCCCAACGUUGGUGCAGCCUACGCCCUCUACAACACCAACAGCUUCAGACCCAGCAUCGAGCUCAUCACCCAAAACCGCUGGGCCCAGCUCGCUCGAAUCGAGCUGGAGCUUUGGCAAUCUUCCCGAGCGGAACGAGGCGGAAGGGUCGAGCUCCGCGGUCGCAGGAAGCAGCUCAGAAGGUGAGAAAGUGACGAUGCGGGCAGUCUCCGUGGAAGAUGCCGAAGAUAACGAGCAGUAG